AUGUCCAACAACACCGCAGACAUCUACGCAACCCCCGGCCCCUUCACCAAAUUCCCCGGCGAAGGACUCCCGGAUAUCAAGCGGUACAUCACAACCCACAAUGCGCAGGGUGAGGGCAUCUUCCUCCCAGCCGACAACGGCGACCACCAAGCCCUAAUGGCCAACGGCCGGGGCGUCCAAAACAUCAUCUACACCACCCACGGCGACGCCGUGGAACUGAACGACGAGGUGGACAUUGCUUUCGCCAGAGAUAACGAGCCCAGCCUCCACGUCCCCGGCGGAACGCUCGUGCGCAUGAUCGAUUUCGCACCGGGCGUGGAGUCGCCCUUGCACCGCGCGAUGUCGCUGGACUACGGGACUGUCAUUGAAGGCGAGUUCGAGGUUGAGCUGGAUAGUGGCGAGAAGCGGAUCAUGCGUCGAGGCGAUGUGCUCGUUCAGCGCGCGACUGUGCAUCGCUGGCGCAAUCUCUCGCCUGAUCGGCCCGGAAGAAUGCUUUUUGUUUUGUUGGAUUGUAAGCCACUGGAUCCGAUUAAUGGGAGGGAGAUUAAGGUCGAGCUUAAUGAGCUGCAGGCGGAUUUUCCGAGCAGUCAUUAG